GGCUUGGGUCUCAGUGGCGGAGGAAUACACAGCUAUAUAGAACCUGACCACAGAGGAUACACACCUACCUGCCUGCUAGUAGAUAUCUAUUUGGGAGCCGGCUGUCCGCGUAGUCUAGCUGUAGAUACCCAGAUCAAUUGCCGACAAAAAUGGCUGACCAAUUAACAGAGGAACAAAUCGCUGAGUUCAAGGAGGCCUUUUCCUUAUUCGACAAGGACGGCGAUGGCACCAUCACGACGAAAGAGCUGGGCACGGUGAUGAGGUCACUGGGACAGAACCCCACGGAGGCGGAGCUUCAGGACAUGAUCAACGAGGUGGACGCCGACGGCAACGGAACCAUCGACUUCCCAGAGUUCCUGACCAUGAUGGCCAGGAAAAUGAAGGACACAGACAGCGAAGAGGAGAUCCGCGAGGCCUUCCGGGUAUUUGACAAGGAUGGAAACGGUUACAUCAGUGCAGCCGAGCUCCGUCACGUCAUGACCAACCUGGGGGAGAAGCUAACGGACGAGGAGGUAGACGAGAUGAUCAGAGAGGCGGACAUCGAUGGCGACGGGCAGGUCAAUUACGAAGAAUUUGUACAAAUGAUGACUGCAAAAUGAAGCUCUCCUGACCUUUCCCUCUCCCUCUUAGAAGAAAAAAAAAAAUCAGUCAAAUGUUUUACUUACCUCUUGCAAAAAUGUUCAUUUAUUCAUACUGUUUCUGUAUAGAAAACACGAUUGAAUGUUGAGGAAAAAAAACUUCUGUUCCCACAGAAAGAAAAAGAUACAAAAAAAAAUAUAUCUGCAUGAAAUGGUUAGUGGUCUCCUCCCAAAUGCCUGUGCUACCUUUAAACAGACCGGAAGCGCUUUGGCUUCGCCUGCUCGUACUCAUGUUUGGGCCGGCCAUUUUCUUUCUCCUCUUAUUUUAUUAAUGCAUGCGGCUUGUGGCUGGGGCACUCUGCGGCCAAUUUAAAAAAACAAAAACGAAAAAACAACAAAAAAAAGACAAAAAAAAAACCCGCGCUGAUUCCACCGGAAGUGGCGUUAUCGUCUGUAUGGUUACGUGGUUCGCACUGGGAGACGGAGAAGUUCACCGUCGGAGAUUGAAACUCAGAAGACUGAAGCAAGUCGCUGUGUGUUCCAACAAUACGAAUAAAAUAGAAAUGGGGGGUGGGUGGGGGGGAGGGGCAAGUAAAAAGUAGUUUGGCAUGUGGGCAUCUCAAAACUGUCCUUUGUUGUGCAUUGCACUCCUGGGGGGAGGAUGGGAAUUGUGUGGAGGUGAUUGUGUCUGAUUGUGAUCGUUUACAAAAUGGAGUCAUUCUUUCGGCAAGGAAAACAGUUGACCUUAACGACUUCUGUUUUCUGCAUAAUGGCAGGAGUGUGUGGAACGGUCUUGUGUAUCUACAGUACUUAGGAUUUCAGCACAAAAAAAGUCUUCAAAGCUGUUCAUCUGAAUACAGUUUUCGUUCAUUCCAAGUUGUACAUGCUAGUCUUUUAAUUUUUUUUCCAAUAAAAGACCAUGAACUUUAUAAACUGAA